GUUUUUUUUUCUUUCCUACGACGCUUUCCCUAGGAAGGGAAAUACUUCGCUCUUUAAUGUCGAGCUGUCCGUGCUUUUUUCCUGCCCAGUCUGCGCGAGGGUCCCGUCAGCUCCGUUCCGCUCUCUUUGUUGCCGGAAAUUCGUUUUUCACCCGCGCUAUAGGUAGCGCUUUGACCAACUCGGGGCGUUUGUCAACGGUUCGUCGAGCAAAGCAUUUCGGGACUCGGAGUUUUCUCCGCCGAACUGCUCUCUAGGCAUUGUAGUCCCGCGGGAGUUUUUGAGCGGGCGCUCGGUGCAAGUCCGGAAGCAUAUCCGGGCUCUUCUGAAUGUGGGCGAGGGUUGUUGAAUCGCGUUGCUUAGCAGCGGCCGUCCCCACCUUAAACGACUGCGGAAGUCAGCGAGGGAAGACAAAGGAAAGAGGCUGAAGGUGGGAGGAGAGGCGGUGGAAAAAGUAAAUGAAUAUUCAGGAUGGCACCUAUUUUGGAGUGGAAGAAAAUUAUGAGAGUAGAUCCUGAUGCUUUGCCUCGUCAGGAGGACCUAGCAGAUAGUUUGCUUGAGACUGUGGCCAAGGUUGAUGGUAAUGCUUUGAAAGAUGAGACUUCUGCACAUUUAAUUCAACUUUUUAAAAUUUCUCAAUCACUAAUGAAGAUGAAAAACCAAGAAGUAGAACUGGCUCUGGAAGAGGUUGAGAAAGCUGGAGAAGAGCAAGCUAAAUUUGAAAAUCAAUUAAAAACUAAGGUGAUGAAACUAGAAAAAGAAUUAGAGAUAGCACAGCGAUCCACUGGAAGCCGUGAUACUCGAUUUCUGCGUGAUGAAAUUCGCCAAUUGGAAAAACAGUUGUCACAAAAAGACAGAGAAUUAGCAGACAUGGAAAAGGACCUAGACAAAGAGAAGAAAGUUAAUGAACAGCUUACUCUUCAAAAUGAAGAAACAGAAAAUGAAAACAGCAAAUUAAGAAGAGAGAAUGAGCAGCUUCAUCAGGAUGUUAUUGACUAUCAGAGACAAUUAGAAACACAAAAGGAAACACUUCUAUCAAGAAGAGGAGAAGACUCAGAUUACAGAUCACAGUUAUCAAAAAAGAAUUUUGAGCUUGUUCAAUACCUAGACGAAAUUCAGAAUUUGACAGAAGCUAAUGAAAAGUUAGAAGGACAAAACAAGGAAAUGAGGAAGAAUUUAGAAGAAUCUGUGCAAGAAAUGGAGAAUAUGACUGAUGAAUACAAUAAAAUGAAAUUUAUGGUGCAACAGUCUGAUAUUGCCAUGGACCAGCUAAGAAAGGAAAAAGAGCAAUAUAGACUACAGGUGCAUGAGCUGACAGACCAACUUAAAGCAAAGAAUGAAGAGGAUGAUCCACUUAUGAUAGCUGUAAAUGAAAAAGUGGAGGAGUGGAAGAGAAUUUUGGCUUCCAAAGAUGAUGAAAUAAUUGAAUAUCAGGAAAUGUUGUUGACUCUGAAAGAGAAGCUGAAAAUGGCCCAGUUGGAUUCUGACAAGAGCAAUGUUCUUGCCCUCCAGCAGAUAAUAUCUGAACUCUGUGUUGGUGUGCAAGAAAGAGACAGUCAGAUCAAAUUGCUCACUGAACAGAUUGAACAAUAUACAAAGGAGAUGGAGAAAAAUGUAUUGAUCAUUGAGGAUAUGAAAAGAGAACUCCAGAAAGAUAAAAGCGGGCUAUCGAUUAGUCAACAGGAUCGUUUUGGGGAAAUGCAAGGAAAGUUACAGAUGCUGGAAGAGAAAGUCAAGGAUAGUGAAAGGACAGCAGAACUUGCAGAAGCAGAUGCAAGAGAAAAAGACAAAGAACUUAUUGAAACUCUGAAGCGAGUGAAAGAUUAUGAAACUGGAAUAUAUGGCCUGGAAGAUGCUGUUGCUGAAAUAAAAGGUUUAAAAAAGCAACUCAAAAUAAGAAAUAGUGAAAUUGAAACAUUAAUUAAAGAAGUUAAUAAACUUGCAUUUAAAAUCAAUGAUCUUCUUGAUGAAAAUGAAGAUCUUCGGGAACAACUAGGGCUUGAUCCAAAAACAAUGAUUGAUUUAACUGAGCUGAAAAAUAGCAAAGCAUUAAAGCAACAACAAUACAAGGCUGAAAAUCAAGUCCUGCUGAAAGAGAUUGAAACAUUAGAAGAAGAAAGAGUUACUCUGAAACAACAGAUCCGUAAAUUAGCUCAGGAGAAAGGAAGAAAAGCUGCAACUUUAGGACUGGAUACAGAUGAUCUACAGCUGAUUGAUAAUUUCACUGAAGAUUUAAAGAUGAAAAGAGAGAGAUCUGAAUUAAUGAGUACAUCUAACUUUGAUAAACUUAAAACCAAGAAUGAUUACCUUGCCAAAGAAUUAAAUGAACGAGAAAAAGAUUUGGAACAAAACAGGACUGUAAUAAUGAAAUUGAAAUCCAAUUUGAAAGAGUUGGUACAAGAAAACAAGCACCUUCAACAAGGCAUGAAAGAAAUUUUACAAGCAAUAAAAGAUUUGCAAAAGGAUCCAGGUGUGAAAGAUGGAGAAAGUGCUCUUAUGAUUCCUAGUCUGGAGCGGUUAGUAAAUGCAAUUGAAUUAAAGAAUGCAGAAGGAGCUUUUGAUGCCAGCUUGCAUUUUAAGGCCCAAGUGGACCAACUGACAGGCCGAAAUGAAGAAUUGCGCAAAGAAUUGAGAGAAUCUCGGAAAGAAGCAGUAAACUUUUCUAACCAGCUAGCUAAAGCAAGUACAAAAAUUGCAAAUCUAGAAAAUGAAAUUGAGAUGCUGAAAAAAUCAGAAAGUGGCAACAUAAUAUUUAAAUCACCAAGUCUUCCAGAAGGGAUGUCUCCUUCUAGUGUGAACAUCAUUAAUUCCCAGAAUGAAUAUUUAAUACAUCUUUUGCAGGAAUUUGAAAACAAAGAACUGCUCUUUAAAAAAUUAGAAGAGGCAAUAGAAGAAUAUAAGAGAAAAUUUGCAGUUAUCCGCCAUCAACAAGGCUUGUUGUAUAAAGAAUAUCAAAGUGAAAGGGAACACUGGAAAGUUGUUAAUGAGAAAAUACUACAGGAAAAGAAAAGAUUGGAGUAUCAAAAGGAGGAAGAUGAUACAAAAAUAAAGGAAUAUACUGAUUUAUUGGAUGCGCUUGAAAAGGAUACUGAUGAUACUAAACAACUAUUUGCAGAUUAUAGUAGAAAAAUAACUGUUCUGAAAGUAAAAGAAAGAUCAAUAACAAGACAAUACACAACAUUACUUGAAAUGGAAAGGCAUCUUCGCAAAGAAAAUGAUAAAAUGAAGACUGACAUGAUAUCAAUGGAAGUGACAGUUCGAGAAAAGAUUGGAUCUUUGCAAAGAUUCAAAGAAAUGGCAACUUUCAAGAUAGCAGCAUUGCAAAAAGCAUUGGAUGAUAGUGUACCUCUAAAUGACCUUGAAAUGGCUAAUAAACAAUAUAAUGACUUAACUGCUAAAUACAGGGAUAUGCUUCAAAAAGAUAACUUGCUUAUUCAAAGAACAAACAAUAUGGAGCACCUAGAGCAUGAGAACACAUCUCUGAAAAAUCAGAUAGAAUCUUUAAAUAAGGAAUUAGAAAUUACAAAAGAGAAACUUCAUACAAUUGAACAAGCCUGGGAACAAACAGUGAAACUUGGAGACAAUGCUACAGACAAAGCUACAAAAGCAAUAACCAACAGUGAGAUUGUUUCUAUUUCUAAGAAAAUUACUAUGCUUGAAAUGAAGGAAUUAAAUGAACGACAGAGAGCGGAGCAUUGUCAGAGAAUGUAUGAACACCUACGAAAUACAUUAAAACAAGCAGAAGAACGUAACAUUGAACUGGAAGCAAAAUUUGCUGAGCUUACAAAAAUCAACCUUGAAGCACAGAAGGUAGAACAAUCUUUGCGAGAUGAACUGUCAAACAGUGUGAGUAAAGGAAUAAGUGAGGUGGAUAAACGUCGAAUAAUGGAGCUAGAGAAAAGUGAAACUGAACUCAAGAUUGAGAUAUCAAAGUUAAAGGAGCUUUCUGAUAUUGCUAAGACACAAGUUACUGCACUAGAGAAUCGGCAACAAUCCAGAGAUAAAGAAGUGGAAUCACUCAGAAUGCAGAUUUUGGACUAUCAGGUACAAUCAGAUGAAAAAACACUUAUUGCAAAAUUACAUCAGCAUAUUGUGGCUCUUCAGGUUAGUGAGGCUACAGCUAUAACUAAGUUGGCAGCUGCAACAUCAAAACUUCAGAACACAGAGAUCACUAACAUGCGCUUAGAGCAAAAAUUGGAUGACAAAGAGCAAGCAUUAUAUUAUGCAAGACUUGAAGGGAAGAAUAGAGUCAAACAUUUACGCCAAACCAUUCAGUCAUUACGGAGGCAAUUUAGUGGUGCUUUGCCCCUAGCUCAACAGGAGAAGUUCUCCAAGACUAUGAUUCAACUGCAGAAUGACAAACUUAAAACUAUGGAAGAUAUCCAGCAAGCUCAGCAGGAACGUCGAAAUGCAGAGAACAGGGCAGUGGAGUUGGAGAUGAAAUUAAAAGGAAUAGAAGAACUAGUAGCCACUUUAAAAGACGCAAGAGGAGCACAAAAGGUAAUUGAGUGGCAUGUAAAAAUUGAAGAACUUCGCCUCCAAGAACUUAAACUAAAUCGUGAAUUAUCCAGGAAAAAUGAGGAGAUUAAAUAUUUAAAAAAUAUCCUCUCUGAAUAUGAACAGACAAUCAAUCAUUUGGAAGAAGAAAUUGUUCAGCAGGGCCAGUUCCAUGAGGAGCGACAGAUGGCCUGGGAUAAAAGAGAAGUAGAAUUAGAACGUCAGCUGGAUAUAUAUGACAGUCAGAAACAGGACAUAUUAAGUACAGCUCAGAAGUUUAAUGAAGCUGCAGGUACAGUUCCAGAUCCUACCUUGUCUCUUCCACAUCAACUUGAGCAAGCUCUUAAAACAGUUAGAGAACAAAGUCGAACAAUUCUGGAAAUGCAAGCCACCUGCAAAUCUGUAGAAGAGAAGCUAAAAGAAAAAGAAGCCACUUUGUGGAAAGCAGAGCAAAACAUCCUGUUACGAGAUAAAGUCAUAAAUGAACUAAGAUUGCAAUUGCCAGCAUCAUCCGAGAGAGAGAAAUUGGUAGCGCAGCUAGAUCAAAUUGAUGAUAAUACAAACCCCCAUGCUCUGAAAAUUGCACACCAGACCAUUGCAAAUAUGCAAGCAAGAUUAAAUCAGAAAGAAGAAAUUCUGAAAAAGUACCAAAAUCUUUUGGCCAAAGCACGAGAGGAACAAGAAGAAAUUGCAAAGAAGCAUGAAGAGGACCUCAGAGUUCUGCAUCAGAAAUUAGAUGUACAUGUUGACAGUUCCUUUAAUAAAUUCAAGCAAACAGCUUUAGAGUUGAUUCAAAAGCCUUCUUUAGCUGUUCCGGCAAGUAAACAUUUAAUUCGGGUGGCAGAACUGGAACAAACUAUAGCAGAACAGGACAGCUCCCUUAAUUCUCUUCUCAGCAAAUUAAAGAAAACAUCAUCUGAUUUGCAGAAGCAAAAGCAGAUAACUGCAGUAAAAAUCAAUGAAUUUGAUAACAUCAGGGCCCAGCUUGAGGAGAAGCAUCAGUGUAGAGUUAAAAAACUGCAAGAUGAAAUAGAAGACUUAAGGAGUUUAUUGUCAAAAAUGGGAAAAGAACUACUGAAUAUAAAAAGUGAAUUGGAGAUACAAAGACAAGCAAAUAACAGGUCUCCAACAACUACAAUGAAGAAUCUAGUGGAACGACUAAAGAAUCAGCUAGCUUUAAAAGAGAAGCAACAAAAAGCUUUGAGCAAGGCACUUCUGGAACUUCGAGCAGAAAUGACAGCAGCUGCAGAACAACAGAUCAUUUCUGUAGCAUCACAAAAGGAGGCACAUAUGAAUGUUCAGCAAAUUGUUGACAAGCACACAAAGGAAUUGAGGAGUCAGAUUGAAGAUUUGAAUGACCAAUUGUUGAAACUUAAAGAUGCUCUUAAAUUAAGCAAAAAUAAAGAGAAUUCUCUAUUAGAUGAUAUGGAUGAUUUAAAUCAAGAACUUCAGAAAAAAACGAAAGCCUACACUAAAGUUCUAAGGGAGAAAGAUGAUAUGGAAAAAGAUAAUGAAGAACUGAAAAAUCAGAAUAAAAGAUUAACCAGUUCAAUUCAGGGCAAGGCUGAUGAGCAAAGUCUAAUAGAUGAACUUCAAAGAAAAAUAAAAAGAAUGGAAACGGAGCUUGGAAAGAAGAGUGAUGAAUCAGAAAAAAAGAAUCCAAGAGAAGACAGGAUGUUGAAAAGCCCAAGGGAAGAAUUAAUUAAAUGGGAGGAAUGUAAAAAAUGGCAGACCAAAGCUGAUGGGAUGAGAAACAAGCUGAAAGAAAAAGAAAAGGAGAUAGAAUCCCUAAGCAAACAGCUUAACACAAUGAAGGAACUUUUUUCCAAGGCUGAAAAAGAAAAAAAUACUUUGCAGAAGAAACUCAAAAGCUGCAGUGUCACUGUUGAUCAUGUUAUGGGAGUCAGAGCAUCCGAAUCAGAGCGAGAAUUAGAAGAGCUUCGUAAACAAAAUAUGGAUCUGGAGAAUGAAGUUGUUCACCUGAAAACACAAUAUGCUGUCCCUCGGGAUGCUGUUGUAGAAGAUUUGCACUUAAAAAACAGAUAUCUACAAGAAAAACUACUAGUACUAGAGAAACAGCUUCCCCGAGACACAUGUUCAAGGCCAUCAACAUCAGGGAUAGGAUCAGAUGAUCAACAUCAAAAAGAACAAGAGCUUCAAAAGGAGAAUCUAAUAUUGUCAUCUGAAAAUAUGGAGUUACGAUUCCAGUUAGAACAAGCCAAUAAGGACUUGCCAAGAUUAAAGAAUCAAGUAGCUGAUUUAAAAGAAAUGUGUGAGCUCCUGAAACGAGAAAAGGGAGAAGCUGAGCGGAAAUUAGGCAAUGUCAGAGGGGCUGGAAGGAGUGGGAAAACAAUUCCAGAAUUAGAAAAAACAAUUGGCUUGAUGAAAAAAGUUGUAGAGAGAGUCCAAAGAGAAAAUGAAGAGCUAAAAAGGGCCCCUGGAGUAGUCUCUAAUGAAAAAGUUGCCAGACUUGAGCAAGAAAAUGAGGACUUAAGGUCUGAAAUGGAAAAACUGAAACUUCACUUUGGAAGUGAACUAAGUGCACGAUAUGAAUUGAAGACUAAAGGCACAGAAAAAAUCAUUGCUGAAAAUGACAGAAUACGUAAAGAGCUGAAAAAGGAAGUAGAAAAUGCAGAAAAACUGCGAAUGGCAAAGAAUAACCUUGAAAUAAUAAAUGAGAAACUGAAUGUGGAAUUGGAAGAGACAACAAAGAAAUUAAACUUCGCAGAAAGCAGAAUCCCAAAACUUGAAGAUGCUGACACCAAGAAUUGGAAAUCCAUAGUUAUAACAAGGAUGUUUGAAAAUAAACUCAAAGAAAUGGAAUCUGAAAUUGCAAGAAAAAACCAAAUUAUUAGGGAUCUUAAACAGAAAUUACAAAAGCCAACUGAUAGUGCAGAUAAAAAUGAAAACUGUAUUGAAGACUAUCUUACAGAACAAGCUGAUGUCCUCAAGAGUGUUCCUGGGGGUACCAAAACAGAGCAAGAAUAUGUCAGAGAAAAUCAACUUCUCCGAUUACCUAAUGAUCAUUUGGAAAAGGAAAACGGAGAACUAAUUUACUUGAUGGAAUCUUCUCAAAAUCAAAGAAAACUUAAAGGAGAUGACCUUGCAGCUGAGAAGACUGUAAACUACAAACUAGUGGCAGAAGUAACAGACCUCAAGACACAGCUUAAAUCUUCAGAUUUGGAACAGCAGCGACUUCAUGAAGAAAUCAGAAAACUUAAAAACGAAUUGGACCACUUUGAUCCAGCCUUUUUUGAGGAAAUCGAAGAUUUAAAAUAUAACUAUAAUGAAGAAGUUAAAAAGAACAUUGUUUUAGAAGAGAAAUUGAAAACACUUUCUGAAAAAUUUGGAGUUCAAAUAGACAUUCCAGGUAGAAUUUCUAUUGAUUAAAUAAUACUUGAAGAAACAUUUCCAAGAAACUUGCCAAUACUGUGUAUUUAGAUAUAAAUGAAAUAUUUGACAUGGAAAAUGAAGACAAGCAUGCUGAGUGAGGUAUUUUCCCCACUUAUUUUAAAGUCAAUAAAAUGCAAGUUAUUUCUGCUGUAUGUAACUCUUACACAGUUUCUUUCAAGUCUUAACAAAGUGCCUGCCUCAUUAAUCUGGUUUAUUACUUCCACUAGUUUAAAGACAAAAGUAAAAAAAGAUUAAAGGAAUUAUAAUAAUGUAAAA